GAGCCAAGUGCUGACGACUUAUCUCUGUGCCGACGGUAUCGAUCUUGAUGCAUCAAUGCUAGGAGAAAGAGAAAUUACCAUCUGAUGAGGAUUCCAGCUCAAGCACGUAACGAGAACUCGACGGAUAUACUAUCAUUAUGUUCUCUCUCCUGGUGUGAUUCGAGAUAGUACUCGGCCCCCAUCUCCAGAACUAGCGGCUCGCAGCAAGACUGUCGAGGGUUAUCACCGUCCAAGGCGCUAUCACCCCCGGUAUUCAUUUCUUACACAAGUUCUGACGAAACGAAGUCGCAUCAAACAAUCCAAACUUACGUCGCGGCAAUGGCCCAGUCGCUCCACGGCGAGGAAGAGCCUCCCCACACCACGGAAAUUACCGACCAUUCAGAAGCUCAGUCUAAUUACGACAGACGCCGUGAGCAGGUCAGACGAGCACAAAAAAAACAUCGAGAAAGAAAGGAAAACCACUGUCGUCAGCUUGAAGAUGAGCUCUACCGACUAUAUAACCUGAUCACCACGGAAGAAGAGUUGCAGAAUCUCCGGUCUGAGAAUGAUAUCCUUCGAGACAUUAUGCUCCGCCAUUCAAAACCGUUGCCUCCAGACAUACCAUCAAAAGAUACGUCGUGGGCUGAAGUGAGGUUCACUAACAAUGGCGGUCAUGAUCAACGUCUACAAGUCAAAUUGCCAGAUCAACGACCUGCCCCGCAGGUAGAUAAUUGCGCAGGGCCCAGUACAGAGCCAUCAUCUAUCCAGUCAAAUUGUGCCUCUACCGAGGUCUCAGGAAUAAGUGACUCAACAUAUCACGACAGCGGCCUAAAUAUCGCCCAACUAGGGAUUGAUUUCGUAUUAUCAAUCGAACGACCUUGUCUCUUCCACACCCAUUGCCCCAACACCGAAGAGCCAUCUGGACAUGCAUUAUCAAUGCAAGGAAUCCUGCUUUCGGGAGCCCCGCAGGAUCUUCACGAUCAGUCCACAUGGGAAGUUUCCGCCCGGCAACUGCAGAAGCUGUUUGAGCUCUCGGGGUGUCUUGGGUUGGAUGGGUACAUUACACCCGUUCAGGCGUGGAAUCGGAUCAUCAGUCGGUUGGAUUGGGAGCAGAUUUUGGAUGCGAAAUUGGAGAGCUUGAGGUCUGCUAUGAUCCCACAUGUUAAAUGUUAUGGGUUCGGUGCACUGAUUGAGGACGAUGUAUUUGAAGAUUUGUUUCAUUGUAUCUUUGGACAAUAA